CGUCUCGACAUACGUAUAUCGCUCAAAUUUUAGACGUCUACCUAAGACAACAAUCUUACCAUAUCCCUGAGAUUAAAAUCCGGAAGAUGAUGUUGGCAUUGUCCGGAGCACCGUUAAAUCCCAUACAAAAUUUGAAAUCUAUCAAACCCAUUACUUCUAAAUCUUCCAACUUAUCUAUUUCUUCUCAUAAUCUUCACAGUCCCUUUGUUCCUGAGGUUGAGAAUGCAGUGAUAUCACUGCAAUCGGAAUUCAGGAAUAUUGAUAAUUUGGUAGCACACAAUACUUCUCGAGUUCUAAAAGCUUAUCAAAAUGCCCGUGUUGGAUCUCAUUUUUUUGCUGGAUGCACUGGCUAUGGACAUGAUGAAGCUGGGGGGCGUGAAGGAUUGGACCAAGCAUUUGCUGAAAUUUUCGGUGCUGAGUCCGCUAUUGUUCGUUCGCAUGUAAUUUUAUAUUUCUCUCUUGCCUCUCUACAGAUUUUGACGUUUGUUCCCGCUGGUUUUUCUCAUUGUUUAUUUAAUCAGUUUUUUUCAGGCACUCAUGCUAUCACUUGUGCCUUGUUUGCUAUGCUGAGGCCUGGUGAUGAGCUUUUGGCAGUUGCUGGUGCUCCAUACGACACAUUGGAGGAAGUCAUUGGAAAGAGAGAUUGUAAUGGGCUUGGAUCCCUAAUAGAUUUUGGAGUUAAAUACCGAGAACUCGAACUUGCUAAGGAUGGUGGACUUGACUGGGAUGGAUUGGCAAGUGCUGUGACUUCUAAAACAAGGUGUGCCCUCAUACAAAGAUCAUGUGGUUACUCGUGGCGUUGUAGUCUAAGUGUGAAUGAGAUCGGGAGAACAAUUGAAAUGAUAAAGAUGCAGAAUCCAAACUGUCUGGUCAUGGUGGAUAACUGCUAUGGUGAAUUUGUGGACACCAUUGACCCUCCAAUGGUGGGUGCAGAUUUGAUUGCUGGAAGUUUAAUAAAGAAUCCAGGAGGGACAAUUGCACCAUGUGGUGGUUAUGUUGCUGGGAAGGAAAAGUGGGUGAAAGCUGCAGCGGCUCGUUUGUCAGCCCCUGGACUUGGAGUUGAUUGUGGCUCAACUCCCAGUGAUGUCAUGCGAGCCUUCUUUCAAGGAUUGUUUCUUUCACCUCAGAUGGUUGGGGAAGCCAUCAAGGGUUCGCUUCUGAUUGCCGAGGUUAUGUCGAUGAAAGGUUUCAAAGUUCAGCCCCUUCCCCGAGUUCCGAGGAAUGACACAGUACAGGCGGUAGAGCUUGGAAAUCGAGAACGUCUUAUUGCCUUUUGUGAGGCUGUGCAGAGAAGCUCCCCCGUCAGUUCCUUCACUAGGCCUGUGCCUGGAGCAACCGCUGGAUAUGCAUCAGAGGUGAUUUUUGCUGAUGGAACCUUCAUUGAUGGAAGUACCAGCGAGCUGUCGUGCGAUGGACCGCUAAGGGAGCCAUUUGCUGUGUUCUGUCAGGGCGGUACACACUGGACGCAGUGGGGAAUGGUCUUGGGAGAGGUUUUAAAAUCCAUAUAGCAGGAGCGAAGAUCGCCCAAUAUUACUAGUUUUUUUAGCCAAGGUCAAAUUGGAUUCAGUUACAAGGUCGUCGGGUAAAUUUCAAAUCAUCGGGUCUGUUUUGGACACCUCUAACUGUUAAAAUACUCAGAUAUUUGUACAAUUGCAAAUGAGCGAGGAAGAAGUACUCAUGUAGUGAGAAUGUGAAUGAGUGAUGGCCUGACUUUUUUCUAUCCGAAGCCAGUUAAGCAUGAAAACUGCAUAGUCAAGAAAUUGCUGAAGGUGAACUUAUAUCAUGUUUUCGUGUUGUUCAUAGACGAAAUGCCAGGAUCAUGUCGGAUAAAUUGUCGUUCUCAAACGAGGAUCUUCAUUCAAGGAAGAACUACAAGCUUCUCUCGGCAUUGUUUAUUAAUACUCUUGUAAUCAAUAGUAUUUUUAUCCUAUACAUGUUUCUCAUCAGAAUUAGGAUCCUGUACUUUUUGGCUUGUCAAUACAUAUGGAAAUUUUGAUGGAGAUUCUAGCUAUUCAUUUGUGGUUUAUUAGGUUAAAA